CACAUCGGCGUCCGGUCCGGCACUUUCUUCCUUUUACAACCAGCUUUAAGAAGUAUGGAAGAACUGACGAUAACAGUGGCGGAAAAGCUCGGCAUUGACACUGCCGUGGCGCAGAAGGCUAUUGGUGCUAUUUUGAGAUUUGUACAAGAGCAAUCCACGCCCGACCUCUUUGCUAAGAUUCGGUCCAUGGACGGCGUGGAGAAUCUCAUGAAAGAUGACGAUGCGGCGGAAGCGGUUCGAGAGGGUCACGACAAAGCAAAAGCGGGCGGCCUGGGCGGUGGCUUAUUUGGAUUGGUCUUUACUCUACUGAAAGCCUUUGGUCUAUUUGCCAUCAUCAAACAGUUAUUGUCAACGCUACCCGGUAUAGGACCGCAGGCCGUCCGUAUGAUUGAAAGUGUCGAAGAUGGUGCCGAACUUACUGUGGUGCUGAAACAGCUAGGGAUUGACCGCGAGCAAGGCGUUUCGAUGGUCCGUAUGAUGAUGGACUUUAUCAAGGAUAAGCUCGAUCCGGAAACGGUUGACAGGUUGUCCUCGCAAAUUCCGGCCGUCGCUGCAUUCAUGGGAGAGUCGAAGAAAGGAGAGUAGAAACGGAUAGGCGGGUCUGGCGUAUAUGUUUGUGGGGCUAAUAUCGCUAAAGGUAGUUCUGACGCGAAUAGCUGCAAGCGUUUGUAUAAUUUACAAGAAAAGUGGAAAAGCAGGUUCGAAACUCGAUGUAUUGAUUCUUCUUCCUAGUUCGUGGCGAAAAGUAGUGGAUUUUUGCAUACCCCAGCAUCAGUAGCAGUUUUCGUUCUGCUUUUGGCGCUUUUACAAUAUGCAUAAGCACCAUAGUGAAUGGUUGUGCGUU